UCCCGCUGGGAACAACAGCAGGUGGCGAGGGGAUAGAGGUAUACAUGUGUUGCAGCUGAUAUCUGAGACAAGCCCUUUAACUUUACACCAAAAAGCCAGAAUGGAGAGAUCAAUGUCGCCACCUCAGAUAUACAUAGAAAAAACUUUGGCCAUUAUCAAACCCGAUGUUGUUGACAAAGAGGAGGAGAUACAGGAUAUUAUUCUCAGAUCUGGAUUCACCAUUGUUCAGAGAAGAAAACUAUGUCUGAGCCCUGAACAAUGUAGUAAUUUUUAUGUGGAGCAGUAUGGGAAAAUGUUUUUUCCCAAUUUAACAGCUUACAUGAGUUCUGGACCACUUGUUGUCAUGAUAAUAGCUAGACAUAAAGCCAUCUCUUACUGGAAAGAACUUUUGGGACCAGCUAAUAGCUUAAUAGCUAAGGAAACACACCCAGACAGUCUAAGGGCAAUUUAUGGCACAGAUGAUCUGAGGAAUGCACUUCAUGGGAGUAAUGACUUUGCUUCAGCAGAAAGAGAAAUUCAUUUCAUGUUUCCUAAGGUGAUUAUUGAGCCCAUUCCAGUUGGACAAGCUGCUAAGGACUAUUUAAAUUUGUAUGUGAUACCAACUCUUCUUGAAGGACUCACGAAGCUUUGUAAACAAAAACCAGCAGAUCCUUUUAUUUGGCUUGCUGAUUGGCUGCUGAACAAUAAUCCCAACAAACCUAAGCUUUGUCACCGUCGUCCAAAUACAGAAGCUUGUUAAAGUUCUCCAAAGACCAGAUCUUGAACUGUGUCAUCGUGGAAAGCUGUGCCUCUCCUUCUCCUCACACUUUGACUGAGGAUUUACAUAUGAAAUAAAUUGUCAUUGU